AUGGAGCUCGGAAUAGACAAAUGCGCCGUGGUUCAUGUUAAGAGAGGCCGGGUACAAGAGGGCACAGGCUUAUCUGUGAUGGAAGACCUCACGAUCCCACAACUGGGAAGACAAGAAUCCUAUAAGUAUCUCGGAGUGCAACAGGCUCUGGACAUUAAAACCACAGAAAUGAAGAAUACUUACAAAGAAAGGUUCCUCAACAGACUCAAGAAGGUACUCCAGAGUAGGUUGAACUCGAAGGCGAUGUUUGAGGCGGUGAACAUAUGGGCGAUACCUUGUAUUGCUUAUUCUUUUGGUGUGAUCAAGUGGUCCAACUCAGAGCUGAAAGAAAUUGACAAAAGAGCAAGGGCAUUACUUACCAAGCUGGGAAUCCACCAUCCCCACGCGUCCAUGAACAGGUUGUAUGUCCCAAGGCAUGAAGGGGGGAGAGGGCUGCAGAACCUAGAAAUAGUGCACGACAGAACAGUCCGCAGUAUGAGAGAGUACUUCCAAAAAAAAAACUCACCGUUCCAUCGAGCUGUAUGUCAAGAAGAUAACAACCUGAGUCCUCUGAAUUUGGCAGGCCACUUAGAACCAGCGCGACUAACCGCCGAAAUGCUUAUACAGGAGUGGCAUAGUAAAGCACUGCACGGAAGAUACCCUGGAUGCCUGAAAAAUAAUCAAGUUAAGAAAAAAGAGUCGCUUACUUACCUUACAGCCGGAUACCUGUUUCCUGAAACAGAGGGAAGAUUAAUAGCUAUACAGGAUCAAGUUGUCCCAACCAGAUCAUAUAUUAAGAACAUCACCGGACGGAACAUACCAACAGACAAGUGCAGAAAAUGUUCCCAAGUUACCGAGUCGAUUCAACACGUUACAUCAUCGUGCUCUGUACUGGCCCCAGUGGACUACAUGCAGCGCCACAACGCGAUGGCAAAAGUAUAUCAUCAGGCCAUUGCCAAAAAAUACGGACUCAUAACUAAGACAGUGAAGCCCUUCGAAUACUGCCCUAACAACAUCCUGGAAAAUGAAGGAUAUAAAUUGUAUUGGGAUAACUUCAUUACAACCGACAGACCCAUACAACACAACAGGCCCGAUAUUCUGCUGUUCAAAAAGAAAGAGCGAACAAUAGAGAUCCUGGACGUCGCUAUACCGGCUGAUGACAAUAUCCAAAAAGCGUUCGUCGAAAAGCUGACGAAAUACCAUGACCUGGCGUUUGAGAUGAAAACCAUGUACGGCCUAAAAUCAACAUCCAUAGUGCCCUUAGUCAUGUCCACGAAUGGACUGGUGGAGACACACCUGGUGGACAAUACCCUGAAUCUAGGAUUGGACGAAGAGCUGGUGAGUACAGCUCAAAAGGAGGUCAUUCUAGCGAAUACCAAAAUAGUGAGGAAGUUCUUAACGUCCGUUUGA